AUGUCACACAAGCGCGCAAUUGAGGCGCUUGAUCGCUGUCUACAAGACAUUCAAAGCAAUCGAAAGUUGAUGGGUGGUGUGGUAGUGUUACUGGCAGGGGAUUUUAGACAGACUUUACCGGUUAUCGAGAGAGGUACUGCAGCAGAUGAAAUUAACGCAUGUCUUAAAGCCUCAUAUCUUUGGUCAAAAGUUGAAAAGCUUUAUCUUACCACUAACAUGCGAGUCCAGUUAUUCAGCGAUAUCGAAUCAGAAGCAUAUGCUCAGAAACUGCUAGAAAUUGGUGAAGGCCUCCUAGACACCUACCAGGAUGGUAUGAUUCCUUUCACACAGCAAUUUUGCCAUGCUGUGGAGUCAGAAGACGAACUUAUUGAACAAGUUUUUCCGAAUAUGCAACAAAACAUUGUUGACGAAAAUUGGUUGUGUGAAAGAACCAUACUAGCACCGAAAAAUGAGACUACGAAAAUAAAUAAAAAAAUCUUGGCCGAAAUAAACACCGAAACUUCCGUGUACAAUUCUAUUGACACAGUUAUGUCAUCUGAUGACACAACAAGUUAUCCCGUAGAGUUCCUUAACUCUUUAGAGUUGUCCGGAGUACCAUCACACAAAUUGGAAUUAAAGGGUCAAACCUAA